CCUGGCCGUCCAGCCGGGCAGCGCUCCAUCCCGCUCCCCGCACCAGGUACCACGGCUGCGAUGCACGGCGACGUGUGCACACAUGCACACCCACAAGCUGCUUAUUCUCGUGUCAAUUGACUCCCUGUAAGUGCUGCCUAGCUACCGGCACGGCGGAGCCAUCUCUUCUCCUCCCGCAGCCUCUGCCUGCUGCCACCAGCAGCCCUAAUCCCCCCAGAGCUGUGGAGCAGAGCGGCAGCGCCGGGGUCCGACUGGCUUUGUUCCUGCUGACUUGGCAUUCCCUGCUUCCACUCUGGAGGAGAUGGGCCGCAAGGAAGAGGAUGACAGCAGCUCCUGGAAGAAACAGACAAGCAAUAUCAGAAAGACGUUCAUUUUCAUGGAGGCGCUGGGAUCAGGUGCAUUUUCAGAAGUUUUCUUGGUGAAACAAAGAAGCACUGGGAAGCUCUUUGCUCUGAAGUGCAUCAAGAAGUCCCCGCUCACAAGGGACAGCAGCUUGGAGAACGAGAUAGCAGUGCUGAAAAAAAUAAAGCACGAAAACAUCGUGACUUUGGAAGAUAUCUAUGAGAGCACAACCCACUUCUACCUGGUGAUGCAGCUGGUGUCGGGUGGAGAGCUGUUCGACAGGAUCUUGGAACGAGGGGUCUACACUGAGAAAGAUGCGAGCGUGGUGAUCCACCAGGUCCUGACAGCCGUGAAAUACCUGCAUGAAAACGGGAUUGUCCACCGUGACCUGAAGCCUGAAAACCUUCUUUACCUCACUCCUGAAGAGAACUCCAAAAUCAUGAUUACAGACUUUGGUUUGUCCAAGAUGGAGCAGAACGGCAUCAUGUCCACUGCCUGCGGGACGCCAGGAUAUGUUGCUCCUGAAGUCCUCGCCCAGAAACCGUACAGCAAAGCUGUGGACUGCUGGUCCAUCGGAGUCAUCACCUACAUCCUGCUGUGUGGGUACCCACCUUUCUACGAAGAGACCGAGUCCAAGCUGUUUGAAAAGAUCAAGGAAGGCUACUACGAGUUUGAGUCUCCUUUUUGGGAUGACAUCUCCGAGUCAGCCAAGGAUUUCAUCAGGCACUUACUGGAGAAGAACCCGGACACAAGGUUUUCCUGUGAAGAAGCCCUGAGGCACCCAUGGAUUAAUGGAAAUACAGCCCUUCACCGUGACAUAUACCCAUCUGUCAGUGCUCAGAUUCAGAAAAACUUUGCAAAGAGCAAAUGGAGGCAAGCCUUCAAUGCCGCAGCCGUGGUGCACCACAUGAGGAAGCUGCACAUGAAUGGCCACGCCACGGCUGGCAGCACCCACCCAAUUAUACAAGGCUCUGAAGCACCCAGACCCAGCACACCCAACACCACGCAGCCAGCAAUGCCCAGCAAGGACGAGGACAUGUCACUGCCCCAGGUCCCCUGUCCGGCCCCUCCUGCUCCGCUGGAGCAAGGCACAGGAAUGAGAGAGAGCAAGCUGCAAAGCCCCCCAUUGAAUGGAUCACCAGACAACCAGAGCCCGCCAGCCAGAUCGUGUGGCUGCAGCCCAGUGUGCACAGGGCAUGAGAGAGCCAAGGCAUCCUUCUGCUCCGAGAUGGUGCUCCUUAAAAAACCUGCAAAAUCCCACCAUUUCAAAUCAGAAGUUCUCGUUCCAAUGAAGACUGGUAAGCACUCAUCUCACUGUGGCACUGGGCAAACUGGAGUUUGUUUGAUCAUGUGAUGAGGAAGGCAGCCAGCAGGAUCCCCCAUCGCCACGGUAAGUGCACACCAUCCCACCACCAGCUGCUUGCAAUUAAACCCAUUACAGCAUGAAAAUGGGAAAGGCACAACUAGCAAAGUGACUGUACAGAAACAAAUUGAUUUUGCAGGUAUUUUGCAACAGAGAAAGCCCUAAUUAAGCCAUCUCUUGAGGAAGAAGUCAUCAUUUGACUUCCAGGUGGACCAGCCCACUGGCUCUAAAAUCAAUUGGUUUCAAAGGCAAUUAUGGCCUGAACAGCCCAUCCUUGGCCCAGAUUUGGUCCAGCUGGGUCAGUUCCAGUUGCUUUGUUAUCAGCAUGAUAUGGAGAUGUUGGGUUGUGUAGGUGAGCAACAAAUGCCAGAGAAGUAAGAAAAUGAAAGUUUCCUCCUGUUUGGUCAUAGCUCAGAUUAAUUCCGAAAUUAACAUUUGAGACAUGUUGUGUAUAAGCAGUAGGAAAUACUGCUAUUAGAUUCUGGCUGAGAAGAUGUUCCAAAAAGGUGAGCAUGGGCCAGCAUAAAUCUCCCUGGAAACUACAUCAAGUGAGCUGCAUCUUAUCAUCUUUUAUGACCUUUUCUACUGAUGAGAUCACACGAACAGAACUGUAACGUACAAAGGAUCAAUAGAUGAGACAAAUGCAAGUAAGAUCUACUAGACUCCAAACAGGUCAAUUCCAGUGAUCAGUCAGGUAACAGCCUUUUAUAAAUGCAGCAUACAAAAGGAACUAAGCUGCUCCUAACCCCCGUGCUGCUGCCGCCUAUUAACAGAGCACACUGUGAAGGCAGCAGUCUAGCGAAACAAAGUUCAAUUCCCAAUUGAAAUUCUCACUCUUGCAGAAACAGAAGGGCUGUUUUACUCUUUUCUGCACUUCAAAGCCAGACAUCAACAGUGCAAGCAAGAAGAAAGGAUGUUGUGUCCCGCCAGGGGCUGACAGGCAGCAGCGACACGGAGAGCAGCGACGCGGUGAUGAGCAGCACAGAAAUGCUGGGAAUCCAUCAGCGCGGCGACCUCGGCCUGCUUCUGAUCGUUAAUGCUGGGAGAAGGCACUUUAGCAAGGGAAAGUCUGAGGCUGCUGCUAGCAUAGUGUAUAUUAUCCAUACAACACUGCUCAACGCUGUAAGCUUUUGUUUUCUGUAUACUGUUAAGUUGUCCGAUGCAUAACAAGUGCACUGCACAGCAUAAAUCCUGUAAACCAAAGCCAUGCAGAGUUUUAUUCAGUGGCAGCUCAGUUAUUUUUACAACCUGCAUCCUUCCCAUUCCUUCGAUUUUGGUUUCUCCCAGGCUUCAGCUCUCUGCAGCUCGGUGCCAAGCAGCUGCCCAGGCUGCGUGGUUCUCACUUCAGCUACAAAAGGAGACAACCUGCUAGCAACCUCCCUAUGUCUGUUAAUAACCACAGCGAGGUCUAAAUUCCCUGCUUCCAAGUCUGUAA